AUGCCGGUAAGAAAGGAUGUCGGUGAUUGUAAACGUAAAACAAAGAAAGGUGCUGCUGGCCGCUCUUCCUGCGAGCUGCAGCCCAGUUUGCGCAGCCCGAGUCCGGCCUUGGAUGAAUCGAAUACGACGAGCAAAAGCGCGUCCAAGGAAGAUAGGCAGAAGAGGGGCCCAAUGCGACUCCGACAACGUCAACGACCGCGGUCCACAAGCACAUGGCAACAUCUGAGAACAUGCCCAACAUGUCAUUGUAUUGAUCUGCAGCACAAUGGAUAUGCGGUGCGGGGUAAAGGGCUGCGGUUUCGUCGUUUGCAAGGAUUCCCAUCCUUAUUGAAACGGCAAACUACGGCCGAGAUCGCAGCCCGUCAAAGAGACUCGAUGUCAAGCAGCGACGCUGGACGCAGCCUUCACAUCUGGCGGGCGAUUGAACGGGGUCUGGAACGAGUGGGCACCCACACAAGAUUUUGGUUGUUGCUGGUAGAGAUACAAGUUGUCGUUGCCAUCGUGUUGUGUGCCGGAGUUGAAGUAUUUCAACGCUGCAUUAAAUCAAUGUCCAUCACUUGCCAGUAUGAAGGAGACAUUGCCGAUGUCGUCAGACCAAACGCUUUUGGAGAGUCCAAUUCGGUCCUCAAACGUCAAAUAUGCGACUUUAAUCCUCUUCGUCUUGUUCCUGGCCACUGGACUGCUCUGGUCGUCCGUGGUUGGUUCCAAAUCCCGCCUCAAGAUCCCCGGGCCGCAUGGGUUGCCACUCUUCGGAAGUCUCUUCGACAGAUGUUCAAGUCGUGGACCAUGCAAUACGGUGGCGUCUUCCGCGUAGUUCUUGGCAGUAAGGAGGUUGUCGUUCUCAACUCUCGCGAAGCGGUUGCCAAAACCUUGGUCAAGCAGGGAGCGAGCUAUCAGACCCGACCCGAGUGGGAUCUCUGGCACGAAACCUUUGUCCACGGUGCUGGCACUGGCGGAGUGGCUACCAUCGGCACCAGAUGGACAGCGGGUGUAUCAAAACUCAGAAAGCUCCUUGGUCCUCAAACAGGUGCACAGAAACUCCCCAAGUAUAACCACUAUGUGUCGAGACGCUACCUCCGCCUGGUCAAACUCCUGGCCGAGGCCGAAACAGACCCCAAAGAUCUGGGCUACUGCUGGUGGUCCACAGCGAUCGGCCUCGUGACGGAUCAACUGGUCGGCCAUGGACACGAUGACGACUUUGUCAGGCUCAUUUGCGACACGGAGAUUGGAGUUUUCAAGCUGAGAGCACUCGGCGACCCCCUCGGCGACUGGGUUCCGCUCAUCCGAGUUUCCCAGGCUCUGGUCGGCAAGCUCACUUCCGGGCUGCGAUACGUCGUCAACCGCGCCGGUCUUCCCAUCCCUCGACUGCUCCGCAACGCCAACGAGGAAAAGUGCGACGUACUGCGGCGCAACCAGACCAAGUACUGUAGGGCGCAGCUCGGGUCGCUGACCAGGCGCGUCGGUAAUGGCGACACGACGCCGUCGCAGCUCGGCGACCUCUUUCGGGCCCUCCCGGAGCCGCUGUCCGAUCAUGACCAGUUCCAGCUCAUCACCACCCUGUCCGGUUCGGGCAUGGCCAUCGGCACCACGCUGACCUGGUUGGUGGGCUACCUAGCUUCGCACCCAGCACUCCAGGACGUGGCGUUCAGCGCCAUCCAGGAAGUGUACAGUGGCCAUGGCCCUCGAGGCAGGCCGCUACUGGACGGCUAUCCGCCUGGGUUUCUUGCGCGAGACGAACAGCGACUCCAGCAUUGA